GGCUCAACAGCGGGCACCGCGUCAUCUGGCAAGACAGUGGGCACCAAGUCACCAGGCACGACAGUGGGCUCUGAGUCAAUUGGCACGACAGCGGGCACCGGGUCAUCAGGUACCGGAUUGUCUGGCUCGACAGCGGGCAUCGGGUCACCAGGUAUGACAGCGGGCACUGGGUCACCAGGCAUCAGGUCAUUUGGCUUGCCAGCGGGCACCGCGUCAUCUGGCAAGGCAGUGGGCACCGGGUCACCAGGCAUUGGAUCGUCUGGCUCGACAGCGGGCAUCGGGUCACCAGGCAUCAGGUCAUUUGGCUCGCCAGCGGGCACCGCGUCAUCUGGCAAGGCAGUGGGCACCGAGUCACCAGGUACGACAGCGGGCUCUGAGUCAAUUGGCACGACAGCGGGCACCGGAUCAGGUACUGGAUCAUCUGGAUCAACAGCGGGCAUCGAGUCAACUGGC